AUGAUAAAUUAUAAUUCAAAGGAUAUAAGUCCAAAAAAAGCUGGUCUUGCUACAUUUAUUGUAGCUUUAUUUAUUUUGUUUCAGAUUGUGGCACAACGUUGGUCAAACAAAAGAUUAGAAAAUGAGUUGAACUCAUCUAAUUAUUUCGGUUUCACAGAUAGAAAUUCAGAUAUUUCAAAAGUGUUCAACUUAGAUGCAAGUUUAUCUGUACCAUUCCUAGAUAAGAUUAAUAAAUUUUGGCAUGUUCGUGGUGAAACUCAAAUUCGUAAUAGUGAAUUUAUUAGAUUGACUAAAGCUGGCAGCCACAAUACCCAUGGUGUUGUUCUAUCAAAUGGUAUUGGUGAUAAUACAAUUAACGAUUUUGAAAUCCUUGUGAAAUUUAGGUUAUCAAGAAGGGAAGCUUCAGACAUUAAUAACAAGAAAAAUUCAAAAUCAAAUGAUAUGGGUGAAGGUAUGGUCUUUGUAGUUACUCCAGAAAAUGAUUUCAUUACAAAAGAUUUCACUUCAGAUGCUGCUAAAGAAGAAUAUAUGAGAACUUCAGGUGGCGUUAUUGGCCAUGAUAUGACCUUGAUGGGGUUCCCUAGAAACUUGCCAGGUUUAGCAUUGGUUAUAGAUACAUAUCAAAAUAGUAAAAGACCAACUUCAGGUGCCAAAAUUCCUUUUAUGGAUGCAAUGUUGAACGUUGAUCCAGCUAAGGAUUUCUACGAUCGUGACAGUGAUGGUGAUGCUAGUACAUCCACUUCUUUAAAAUUAAAUGACCAUCAUAUUCAAUUGAAUGAUUCAAUUAUGGAUGGGGAUAUUACAACAAUGCGUAUCAUUUAUUUAGAGAGUAUUAGUUUCUUGAAAGUUGAUAUCAAGUAUAAAUCAGAAGGUGAUUAUUGGAUUGAACUUUUCCAUGCCACUGAAGAUGUCUUCAUUCCAAAGAAUGCAAAGACUGGCCAAAGAUUUAUUGGUAUCGGUGCUGUUAAUGGUAUCGCUACUGAAAAUGUAGAUAUUUUGGAUGUUCAAACUAAUGAAUUCCACUGGGAUGAUCAUGAUGAAUCAAGCGAAGAAUCAUAUGACUACGUUAAAGAAGUUCAAAAGUAUCUAUCUCAAGAGUAUGGUCAAAUGAUCUCAAUGGAAAUGGAUGAAUACAAGAGAUGGAAAAUGAUUAAAGCACAACCAAAUUACCAAACAACCAGAGCAGUUGUAUCUGGCGGAUUUUCCUUUGUAUCAUUGAUAUUAAGAACCAUUGUUUUCUUCAUAUUAUUGGGUAUUGCAUAUCUAGCAUCAAUGUUUAUUAAAAUUGGACCAAGUAAAGACUUGAUUAAUGAUAGACGUUUCCAAAAAAGAGCAGGUGUGUUACCACCAUAG